UAUUUAAAAAUGACAUAAGAUUUUCUUGUCACAGCUUGCGAAGUUGCUGUUUCUGUGAAUAUAAUUCAAUAAAUUAAAAUGCUUCAUGAUUAUCCUGAUACAAAAUAUACUAAACUCAAUACGAGUAAGUCAAUGCAAACAGAAAAUGAUGAGAAUUUGCCGGCAAAUUUUCAAAACGAAUCUAAUUUGAUCAUAGAUAACAAUUUCAAGAUAUUGAAAGGAUCCGAUGAAGAUAAAGGGAUCAGUAAUUGGAGUGUUAACUGCGGUGAGUUUAUUAAUGAAGACGAAAUUCAGAAGAAUUCUUCAAGUUUUAACUUCCGAGAUGCCGAGUGUGGAGAACCAAUCACGUCUCAGCAAAUGACAAUUGAUUUUACCAUGUCCAAUGAUGAUACAGAAUUUAGCCAAAAGAAAUGUUGCGAUUUUUGGAACUUUAUAUACACCAUGCCGCACUUGAAGCAUUUGAUGGUCGUUUCAGAGCCUGAUGAAGACCCCGAUGAAACUGAGACCGAACAGACAAACACAGAACGAGACAAGACACCGGCACAAAGUGUGUCGAAUGAAAGUCACAUCACUGAACGUUUCGAUACAGCAGUAAACGUUUUGUUGAACAAAAGGAUUAAUGAUGGACCCGUGCCAUCGUCCUUCGUCGUCAAGCAGCCCCCUAUAUGCAGAAACAAGAACUACCUCUCGUACUGUCACGGCUCCUGCGCCAAGUUGGACAAGGAGAUGCAGAAGCUGACUAGCAAACUCGCUAAAGAAUCAAAAAAGAAAACGGAGACGCUUCUCCCGGCCAUCGAGGUGCAGCCGAGGAAGAGUUUGCUGACCAAGCUCUGCUCGCAGAUGGACGCCUGGGACAUGCAGCAUCCCAAAUCGUUCGACCCACCCCAGCCUGCGCCCGCGCUGACACCAGUGGAAUCCACUCAAAACGUGCACUCUACGCCGGUGAUACCGAAGGAGUAUUGUAAUUCCUCUGACGCGCCCUGCGUCAGUUGCCAGCCCAAGCCCCUGGAGGUAGACCUGGUGAAGAAGGAAGACUAGGAAGAAGCGACAUAUAUCGCUAGUUGCCUUGUCACAUGCCGCUGUCUUCUCGUUGCGAAUUCUUCUUUUCAAAUGUGUUAUCAUUACAAAAUUCCAAAAUUACUCCCCGCUGUCUGUCCCUAUGCAUUCUUAGAAAUUUAAAAGUACGCAAUGGAUUUUGAUUGCGAGUUUUUUCAUAGAUGAAGUGGUUCAAGGGGAAGUUUUAUAUCAAUAUUGCACCCGUGCCGGAGUGGGUCGCUAGUUAAUGAUAAUUCUUAGUAUAUAUAACAACGCCCUUAAGACUAUGUUAGCAACUUAUUUAAAUGAAUCUAGUUAUCGCUAACAUUUAUACUUGCUCAUUGAGACAAAACAGUGCGAUACGGCCUA